AUGAUUAUCAACCUGAUCCCUACCAACGGAACCGUGCUUCUCACGCUCAUCUAUCUGGAGCCUGUCGAACGCCCUGAAGCUUACGCGCCCUUUUAUGCUCUGACGCCAGUGUUUGAACAGACGGGCUUUAUGACGCUCUUCACGCCAGACAGCAAGCUCUAUGGCGAGCUGGCAGCCUUAUAUUCCACAGACCCAGAGGUGGCCGCCAUCAGCGCUCUCCAGGCUGGCACGGUCAUCGCCGCGGUCCAACCCGUCAGCGCCAGCGCGGUCUGGGCUGGGCGUGAGAGCAACGACGGCACUGGCAAUGAGCUCGGGCUGCAGGCCGUCAACCAGACCUGUUGGACUGUCACGGUCAGCUGGUGGAACGCCGAGGAUGACGAGGCGGCGUACGCCGCGGCUGCCUCCUUGGCACGCAAGAUCCGCGCUGCUGCGGUCGCGGCGGGUGCGAGCCUGGAGUACAUCUUUAUGAACGACGCCAAUUUCGACCAGCCCGUAAUUGCGUGGUACGGGGAGGCGAACGUGCGUCGAUUGCGGGCUGUGCAGCAGCGGGCUUAUGACCCAGGCCUGGUAUUCCAGAAUCUGGUACGUGGGGGCCAGAAGAUACCGCAAUGA